AUGUUCAGGAACAACUACGACAACGAUGCGGUCACCUUCUCCCCGCAAGGUCGGAUAUUCCAGGUAGAAUACGCACAGGAGGCUGUCAAGCAGGGUUCCGUGGUAGUGGGACUGGUCAAUAAGACACACGCCGUGCUGGUCGGCCUCAAGAGAAAUGCCGAAGAACUCUCCUCAUAUCAGAAGAAGAUCAUCGAAAUCGACUCGCACAUGGGCAUUGCCAUCGCCGGUCUGGCAUCGGACGCUCGAGUCCUCUCCAACUAUAUGAAGCAACAGUCUCUCGGUUCUCGUAUGACCUACGGCCGUCCGAUCCCCGUUGACCGUAUCGUCACGCAGAUUGGCGACCGUGCCCAAACAAACACGCAACAGUACGGAAAGCGGCCAUAUGGUGUGGGCUUGCUUGUCGCCGGCGUUGAUGAAGCCGGUCCUCAUCUAUUCGAAUUCCAGCCCUCCGGAGUGACCCUGGAGAUGGUGGCCUGUGCCAUCGGAGCCAGAUCCCAGAUGGCCCGUACUUACUUGGAACGCAACCUGGAGCAGAUUUCGGAGAGUACGCGGGACGAGCUCAUCACUCACGGCCUGCGGGCUCUCAAGGAGAGUCUCUCGCAGGACAAGGAGCUGACAGUGGACAACACAUCUGUUGGUGUGGUCGGUCUUGCAGGAGAAAAGGCCAAUGGGAAGCUGGAAAGCUUCAAGCUCUACGAGGGACAGCAGCUCGUACCGUUGCUGGAGGCCCUGGAGCGGACCGAUGCGGGAGAGACGAAAGAAGAGGAGACAAUGGAAGUUGAUUCAUAA